AUGACUUCGCUGGGUCGCCUCUCUGCACGCUCUUCGUCCAAACUGGCCUCGUCUGCAAACCUCCUCCCCCCUUCGCGCUCGCUCGCAAACAUGUCGCGCUACUCGCCAGCGACCUGGGGCACCCCCAAGGAGCCCCUGGGCUCCGGCCCCAUGUACGAGGGCCAGGAUGCCAUGCCCCACCUCCCCGUCCCCAAGCUCGACCAGACCCUCCAGAAGUGGAAGCGCAGCACCGAGCCUCACCAGACGCCCUCGUCGCUGGCAAAGACCGAGGCCGCCGUCCAGUCGGCCCUCUCGGGCGAGGACAGCAAGCUCUUCCAGACCCUCCAGCAGAGGCUCGAGCACCGCGCAAACAACGAGGGACGCGAGAGCUGGCUCGCCCAGUGGUGGAACGAGGCCGCCUACAUGGCCUACCGCGACCCCGUCGUGCCCUACGUCAGCUACUACUACGCCCACAAGGACGACCGCUCCCGCCGCGAGGGCACAAAGCGCUCGGCCGCGCUCCUCAAGGCGUUCCUCGCCUUCCGCAGGCUAGUCGAGACUGGCCAGCUCGCGCCGGAAAAGGGCAAGGCUGGACCGCUCUGCAUGCGAUCUUACAAGUGGGCCUUCAACUCGAACCGCAUCCCCGAGAGCCCUGCCGACACGGCCGUCAAGUACGACUGGCAGACCAACAACCACGUCGUCGUCGCACGCAACGGCCGCUUCUACGAGUUUGACCUGGUCCACAACGGCCAGGAGCUCAGCGAGGCCGAGAUCGACAGCCAGCUCAAGAAGAUCGCCAACGACCCGUCGGCGUCCAAGAUGGUGCAGUACCCCGUUGGAGCGCUGACGUCGGCCAACCGCGACAAGUGGACCGAGGCGAGGCAGGCGCUGCUCAACGUGGCCGGCCAGGGUGGCAAGGCCAACGAGCAGGCGCUCGAGCGCAUCAGCAGCGCCGUCCUGGUUGUCUGCCUCGAUGACGAGGCGGCGCGCAGCCUCGAGUCGGCCGCCUGGCGCUUCUGGUACGGCGACGGCAAGAACCGCUUCUACGACAAGCAGCAGAUCAUUGCGCUGCCCAACGGCAAGACGGGCUUCAUGGGCGAGCACUCGCUCAUGGACGGCACGCCUACGCUGCGCCUCAACGACUUUUCGCUGCAGGCGCUGGCGGCGGGCAAGAUUGACCUGGGCACCUCGAACCGCACCGACCUGCCGGCGCCCAAGCCGGUCGAGUUUACGCUGGACCGCACCGUCGAGGCCAAGAUUGACGAGGCCAUCCGCGACUUUGAGGCGCUCAAGUCGCAGCACGACCUGGCCAUCCUCGACUUCCAGGGCUACGGCAAGGGCGCCAUCAAGAAGUUCAAGUGCUCGCCCGACGCCUGGGUCCAGAUGGUCAUCCAGCUGGCCUACUUCAAGAUGUACGGCAAGGUGGCGCCCACCUACGAGAGCGCCCAGACGCGCAAGUACAAGUGGGGCCGCACCGAGGUCAUCCGCAGCUGCAGCCCCGAGUCGACCGAGUUUGUCCGGGCCAUGGAGGACAACGGCGCCUCGGACGAGGACCGGUAUGCAAAGUUCCAGGCGGCCGUCAAGCAGCACCUCGCCUACGCCUCGGCGGCCGCCGACGGCCAGGGCGUCGACCGCCAUCUCCUCGGCCUGAAGAAGCUCAUCCAGGACGGCGAAAAGGUGCCCGACCUGUACAACGACCCGGCCUUUGGCGCCUCGUCGACCUGGAAGCUGUCAACGUCGCAGAUUUCGUCCGAGAUGUUCGACUCGUGGGGCUACGGCGAGGUGACUCCCGAGGGAUUCGGGUGCGCCUACGCCAUCAAGGAGAACUCGCUCACCUUUACCCUGACCAGCCUCAAGCUGGGCUCGGCCGACCUGAGGCACUUUAUCAACGAGUCGGCCAUCGAGCUGCGCGAUCUCCACCUCCGUCUCCAGGCUAAAGAGGCCAAGUCGGCUGCCGGAUCCAAGCUCUGA